AUGUCUAUGCAACAACCAUCGUCCCUACAGUCUCUACAGUUGGACCGCAAGUGCAAUGCCGUUAGAUCUACCUUGACAGCAGCGCUUUGCUUGGAAAAUUUUUCCUCGCAAGUUGUGGAACGCCAUAACAAACCAGAGGUCGAGGCUAGAUCUUCACCGGAGGUUGUGCCAAAUGCUCUUACAAUCAGCCGAAAUGAGAAUGAAAAAGUCUUGAUAGAACCGUCGGUUAACUCGAUUCGAAUCAGCAUUAAGAUUAAACAGGCUGACGAGAUUGAGAGAAUCUUAUGUCAUAAGUUUACUAGGUUUAUGAUGCUUCGAGCCGAGAACUUUAUUAUUCUCAGAAGAAAACCUAUUACGGGUUAUGACAUUAGCUUUUUGAUUACUAAUUUCCACACCGAGCAAAUGUACAAACACAAAUUAGUGGAUUUUAUCAUUCAAUUUAUGGAAGAGGUAGACAAAGAAAUCAGUGAAAUGAAAUUGAGUCUAAAUGCUCGCGCUCGUAUUGUCGCCGAAUCCUAUCUUUCACAGGUUGGUUGA